UCAGAAUGUACAUUUUCAGAUCUAAAUAACAGAAUUUAAACAUAAAACUGUCCAUUACCAUUGGUAGUUGAAUGGGAUUAUUUCACACUUGACUGUAACAAGUUUACAGACUUUGUGAAGUGCGAUAAGAGACUACAAGAUUUAAGACUAUGGUUUGGAAGAUUUUUUUGCUGCAAAUAACAUUCCUUUGUUCGUUAUAUUUCUUUCCUCCACCAGUUUCAACAGGAAAAAAUGAAAAAUGUUUUUGUCAGUUAUCUGGAAUGGUCGAUGAUUGUUUUUGUGAUAUAGAAACAUUGGAAUCAUUCAACAAUGAAAAAGUUUAUCCUUUAAUAUCCAAACUUAUCGAGCGUGAUUUCUUUCGUUAUUAUAAGGCCAAUUUAUUUAAAGAAUGUUUUUUAUGGGAUGGUGAUAGAGGAUUGUGUGGAUCGGAGAGUUGCGGGGUAAAAGUAUGUGAUGAAAAUGAUUUACCUAUUGGAUUGAGACCGGGAAACUUCAACAAAUUUUCAGAGAAUAUUAAAGAUUGUGAAAAAUCAGAAUCAUUAGGACAUUUGAACAGCACUCUCAGCAAUAUAACUCUUGACUCUCUGGAUAAAUGGGACAAACAUGAUGAUGAAGAACAAAAUUUUUGUGAUUUGGAUGAUGAAACUUCAAUUGAUUUGAAUUACAUCGAUUUAUUAAACAAUCCAGAACGAUACACUGGAUAUAAGGGACCUCUAGCAUGGAGGAUUUGGAAAGCAAUAUAUGAAGAAAAUUGUUUCCCGUCAGAUUCGAUGACAAAAAAACAAUCAAAUCCUAUUUUGAAAGCAUUUGCUACUAAAGAGGAGGAUGGAGGUAGUAGAUCAUCAUUUUUCCAUACGCUAUCAUCAAGUGCAAGUUUGCAAGGAAUGUGUCUGGAGAAAAGAGUGUUUUACAGAGUGGUAUCUGGCCUGCACUCCAGUAUCAAUAUUCAUCUUUGUGCAAAUUACCAAUUCAAAGAUGGUUGGGAUCAAGAGUACUGGGGUCCAAAUCUUGACGAAUUCCAAAGAAGGUUUGAUCCUGAAAAAACAAAUGGAGAAGGAACAUUGAGAUUAAAAAACCUUUAUUUUAUAUACUUACUCGAGCUCAGAGCUCUUUCAAAGGUUGCAUCAUAUUUUACAAAAGAUAAUAUUUUCUUAUUCACUGGAAAUCCAACCAGUGAUGUUGUCACUAAGAGAAUGUUGAUUGAUCUACUACAAUUAACAAAGGAAUUUCCUAUGCAUUUUGAUGAAGGUAUACUUUUUCAAGAUAAAAAUUCCAAAGGUUUGAAAAGGGAAUUUCGAGAAAGAUUUCGGAACAUCACUCGCAUUAUAGAUUGUGUUACUUGCGAAAAAUGUAGACUUUGGGGCAAAUUGCAGACUCAAGGAUUGGGAACUGCUUUGAAAAUUCUUUUUACAUCAUAUGAUAAAUUGGAUAAAUUUCAUUUAAGAAGACAAGAAAUUGUAUCUCUUGUUAAUGCAUUUGCAAGAUUGUCCAACAGUAUAAAUAAUUUGGAGCUGUUCAGACAAAUGCUAACUGAAGCUGUUACAAAUGAUGUAGAAAAUAAAUCUUUAAAAUAUCAGGAUGAAUUAUGAUAAUUUCUUAUUGCAAUUUGUCAAGAAGAGUUAUUGAAGCAAAUAUUCUUUAGUGCAGGGACAUCAUAUUUGUGAUAUGUCAGAUAUUUAACAGAAACGUAUUUUGUGAAUGAUUAUACUACAUGCUAUGUUUGGUGGGGAAGCUGCUGCAUUGGUUCGUAUUCCGUGGGUGAUCAAGCCGUGUUUAAAAUUGGCUGUAUUUGGGUUGGGGUGGAAUUUAUAUCAAAAUAAUUUAAUAUUAUGAAAUCUAACAUUCUAAUUGACAUAAGUGGUCAGAAAUAAUAAUAUAUGCAAAAUGUUGCUUUGCAAUCAUGACUUUACUGCGUUUCAUCAAUAAGAAAAGCUCAACAAUUUUUCGAAUGUUUUUUUAUAAUAUUUGAAAACUAACAAAAUUCAUUGGACAAGUUGUAUAAAGAAAUAUUUGGCAUUGCUGUAGAAUGUGAUGGUUUGAACCAUAUACACCUGUCUCCUGAUACUGUUUUAACAGUCUAUUAGAUUAAGAUUUGUGGGAAAUUUAAUGAAGGUUUUAAUAUGAACAAUCUUAAGCUGUUAUUAUGGUGGGGGUCUGAAAAGUUAUCAUCCAAAUAUUAUUUUCCCUAUUAUUAUUGGUAAAAAUUAACAUAUCACUGUAAACUGACAUAUCAUUUUAACAAUUUUUUUCCCUUAACAAUAACAUGACAAGGUAGUGUUUAUAUCAUUGCUUAUUUUUUAUGUCUGUCAGAAGAAUUCCUAGUUUUUAUGGUAGUGGUAAUAUUGAAAAUUUAUUCAGAAUAUCCUGUGUGUGUGUUGUCGACGCAAAAUCUCCUUAUCAAGGCCUCAAAUGCUUGAACUCUAGUUAUGGUGAAAUUCUAAUGAACUUGCUUUCCCAUGAACUUACUUGACCAAACCCCCAAGUGCAAUACUUUAGCAGAUGGACCAUACUUUAUUUUUUUGCUUUGGACAAUCUGGUAUUUUCCCAUGGUAUUGUGAACGAUUUGAUUAUUAGAUUAUUUUUAUUCUUUUUGUUAGUACUUGCCUUAAUAUGAGCUAACUUUGUUGCAAAUGUAUUCCUGGAAAUCCAUCAUAUUUUAUAGAUACACAAGUUUUUGUUGCACUUUUUCAAUCAGCUGUUGUCUGUGUAUGUAUUGUUCAGUUUCAUCAUCUCUUACAGCAGCUGAAACUAAAUAUGAUUGGACCAGAACAUUUGCAAUUAUUACUUUCUGCUAAAUGUCUCAUCUUUGAGUGAUGAGGGUAAUUUUAACAAGCGUUUUUGCUGCUGCUUUGUUAUUUCUAAUUUUACUGAAGAUUAUAUUGUAUAGUAUUUUAAAUCUAAGUUGAGGUGAAGGUUUCAAUAAAUGUCUAUUAUGUUAUAAAA